AUGGACAAUGUUGACAAGGUUGGCUAUCCCAGUUUAGCUGCGUUUGUGGAGUUUGUUUCUCAGUUUGACAUGCCUAAUGGUGUAAGAGCAAACAAGAAAGAUGCAAAUGUUAUUGAGAUUGGCAGGCCUUUCAGUCCUGCCAUGUUUGGAAGUGUUCUGAAAAAAUUUACUCCUCAUGUAUCUAGUACCAUCUCAGGGAGGCCAAGGCAAGAAGAUGCACAGGAGUUUCUGAGUUUCGUCAUUGAUCAAAUGCAUGAUGAACUAGUUAAGCUUAAGGGACAAUUAUCAAGAGCGAAUGGGGGAAAAUCAUCUCUUAAUUAUUCUAAAGAAGAUAACGAAUGGAAGACAGUUGGCCGGGACAACAAAUCUGCAGUGACAAGAACUCAAACCUUCAUUCCAUCAGAGCUAAGUGAAAUUUUUGGAGGACAAUUGAGAAGUGUUGUGAGGGCAAGAGGACACAAAGCAUCUGAAACUGCUCAACCAUUUCUCUUGCUCCAGCUCAAUAUUGCCCAUGAAACUGUUCAUACUAUUGAAGAUGCUCGUCAUCUGUUUUCUGCACCCGAAACACCUGAUGAUUAUCGAAUAUCAACAGCCGAAAAGACUGAAGUUGUGGCUGCCAAAAAAUCUAUAAAGAUAGAGACACUCCCUAAGAUACUGAUAUUGCACUUAGUACGUUUUGACUAUGGAAUCUAUGGGAUGACCAAACUGAAUAAGCCAGUGGGAUUCCCUCUUGAAUUGGUGCUAAGUCGCGACUUACUUGUUUCUUCGACUACUGAGGGGCGAAGAUACGAACUUGUUUCAACGAUAACUCAUCAUGGAAGGGAAGCUUCGAGGGGCAUUAUACUGCUGAUGCGCGUUACUCUAAUGGUCAGUGGUUGCGUUUUAAUGAUGCAUCUGUCACUGCCAUCGGCACAAGCGAGGUGUUGCAUGAUCAGGCCUAUGUUCUCUUCUACAAACAAGUCAGAUGAUUAA